CCUUUCAAAUACUUUCCUUCUCUUUCUUUCACUUUUCCCUCUCUUUCCCGUCAAAAUGACGCGAAAACGCAGGAAGCCUGCAGUUCCCGGCGUGCUGUGGCGCAUGUUCCGCGGCCGAGCGCGAACCCUCUCCGACACAAUCAUUUCCUUGCUCCCUCCGCCACCGCCACCGCCUCCGCUAGUUUGCCACUGCCGCGGCUGCGGUUGCCUCGGCUGCACCGUCGACGCGGAGAAGUUUCUUCUCCGGCCCGACGAUCCCUCUGACUACUGUAAACUGCUCUCGAAAUGCUUCGUUGUCGUUUCGGGAAACGCGCCUUCGCCGCUCCCGUUCUUCUUCCCACCCUCCUCCCGCUUGUCCCAACAUAUGAUUGUAGGGAGGACCAUUGAACAAAUGCUGCUUCGAGAGCAACAUUCCAAUGUGUUGUGUUCCGGUUAUGAUCAGAGUAAAUGUUCAAGCCCUAUUGUGGAGCUUUUAUCCUGUGCAUCUUGGUGUCUUCUGUUAAGUAGGGUUGGAGAUUAUUUUAUGUUUUACCUACUAAGGAAUACAUCUAUAUUCUUGCCAGCUCCCCGUGGAAAACACAACCAGGUGGCAGGUCCACCAAUCAGCGAUUUAUGCUUUGAAAUGCUCAUGGGCUCAUCAAAGUUUCACCAUCAGAAAUAUGGUGAACAAAAGAGAGAAAGAGCUGAUGCUGAUGACCUACCAGUAAAGAAACAAAAGUGCUAUAGUUCUUACAGUACCACUUGUCCUGGGGGCUUUUCAAUUAACCUUGACUUCACCAGUGAGUCUUCAAUGCAAGUGAUCAGGCAUCAUGGGACCAGGGAUUAUGAUGCCAGUGUCUCUGAAGUUCCUAAGUCAACUAGAACUGGAACUGUUACAAGGAAGUUGGAGUCAGAAGGGGAACAAGGCUUGAAUUGUAUUACACCUAGGCUUGGAAAGCGUUCUAGGCCAUUUAAAUGGCAGCGGCGUAGUUACAAAAAGCAAAAGCAAUCAAGCCCUGAAGAAAAUAGUCUAAAUACACAUUGCAAUGUACUUCCUACUAAUACAGAUUCCAUGCAUGCUGGUUCUCAGUCCAACACCACUGGCUUAAGCUAUCAUGCAAAGCUGCAGAUGCCGUGGCAGUGUUCUUGCUGUUUAAUCCUGCAAUCUCUUCCAGCUGUUCCCAGGAGGACUGAAAUCAAAAGGCAAUCUAUUUUCUAUAACCAGGAGUAUUCUCAUGAGGUUUUUCCAAAGAAACAUAUUUUAUAUUCCUUAAAGCCAAAUUUGGCUUAUUCAAAGCGUCUCAUAGACAAUAUUUUUGGCUUCUCAAAUGCCCAGCCAAUAUCUUGUUUGCACAGCAAUGGCACAUGUCUCAUUGACUCUGGAUGCCUGUAUCACUCCCUUGUUAAGUGGUUUAAGCAUCUCAUUCGUAGGACACGGUAUUGCCAGCAUACAAAGCUCUUGAAUAAGCAUUGUGUUCCAUCAUUGGAUUUGGAUAAAAAUACCAUUGGAAGAUCUAGUUCACGACUUAAGGACAAUGUAUCAACGACAAAUGUGCACAAGAAAUAUGAGGAGUUUGGUAUUAAAUACUGUGCAGAUACCAUGGACACAACAGAUUCACAAUCGGAGACUUUUAAGUCAUACUGCUCAAAAAGUCAAGUUGUAUCUUUCAUAUGGGCUGUUUCUAGGAGUAUACUUCCUUCUGAAUUAUUAGGUACUCCUCCUACUUGGAGAAUAAUGAGGAGAAAUAUUUCCAAGUUCAUACACUUACGGAGAUUUGAGAAAUUCCCUCUAAAGCUAUGUAUGCACAAACUUAAAAUAUCAUCUUUUCCUUUCCUAUCAAAUAAUUUUUUUUUAAAUAGUCAAAGUGCUUCUGUUCUAAAGUAUAUAGAAGGGAAAAAUAAAUUCUUUCAUCAAGAAUUCAAGAAUUGGAAUGAUGCAGUCCAUGGUGUCAAACGCAAGCUUCUGGAGAAGUGGAUAUUCUGGUAUUUCUCUUUUCUGGUUGUACCUUUGGUGGAAGCAAACUUCUAUGUUACUGAAAGUGAACAAGGGAAACAAGAUAUUUACUAUUAUCGAAAAUCAGUUUGGGAAAAGUUGGCUGCUAGCACUGUUUCUUGCUUCAAAGACUGGAGAUACAGUUACCUGGAUGAUGUGGCUGUACAUAAUAUUCUUAAAGGUAGACCAUUUGGAUUUUCAAAGCUUAGACUUCAACCAAAAGAAAAUGGAGUAAGGAUGGUGGCAAAUCUGGAAGGUUCUUCAAGAAUACCACUGCUACAUAGUAUGGGAGUUCGAAAUUGCAAAACAAAGGGGAAGGUAAAAAAACAUCCCAAGUUUAAACAUUAUCUGUCUGUCAAUUCUGUUCUCUGUGAUGCCCAUACUAUUCUAAAAGGAAUUCAGUUCAAGGAGCCCAACAAGUUAGGUUCUUCAGUGUUUGACUACAAUGAUGUUUACAAAAAAUUGUGCCCAUUUUUGGUCGGCCAGAAGAAGCGAUCAGCAUCUAUGCCUAGUCUAUUCAUUGUUAAGUGUGAUGUGUUGAAAGCAUUUGAUUCUAUUAAUCAGGACAAGCUUCUCGACAUAAUGAAAGAUUUUCUACUGAAAGAUGUGUAUUUUCUUAAGCAGUAUGAUCAAGUUGUUUGCACAAAGAAGUCUCUGCAGGUUCAAAAGCAAUUUACAAUGCAGGAUGAAACAAGUAACAAUAGCCAUACACAGUCCACUUCAUUUGCUUCCUUUCAUUCCUGGCAUGGUGUCUUUGUUAACCAGGAACGAUGGAAGUCCGUGAAAAAGAAAGCUCUGUAUGCAGAUCUUGUGCAGCAUGUGAAGCGCAAUGUGUUGCAGUUUGAUGGAAAAUUUUACUUGCAAGGUGUUGGUAUUCCCCAGGGAGGGGUUUUGUCUUCUUUGCUCUGCUCCAUGUAUUAUGGACAUUUGGAGAGACAUGUAAUAUUUCCAUUUCUUGAAAAGACUCUUGAAAGUGGCAGUUGCAUAGAGAAUAAUUUUGGGCAAACCAAUUGUGAUGAUAAAGUCUCAUCUUCCUGUUACUUGCUAAUGCGAUUUAUUGAUGAUUUCCUUUUUAUAUCAACAUCAAAGAAGCAGGCAGCUAGCUUUUUCUCCAGGCUAGAAAGAGGAUUUCGUGGUUACAACUGCUACAUGAAUAACAAAAAGUUUGGUGCAAACUUUGAUGUAGAACAUACAUCAGACUCUCCAUUGAACAGGGUUUAUGUGGGGGAAGAUGGUGCUACUUCAUUUCUUCAAUGGAGUGGUCUUCUUAUCAAUUGUUCCACUAUGGAAAUUCAGGCUGACUACACCAAGUACUUGGGUAGCCAUUUAAGCUCGACACUUACUGUUUGCUGGCAAGGUAAACCAGGCAUUAAUCUCAAGGAGAAGCUGCGUCUCUUUCUAAGACCUAAAUGCCACCCUAUAUUCUGUGAUUCAAAUAUAAAUUCAGCAGCUGUUGUGAGAUUAAAUAUUUAUCAAGUAUGUUUGUUGUGUGCAAUGAAAUUCCAUUGUUAUAUUCGGGAUCUAUCUAUCAUGUGCAAACUCCACAAAAGAUUUUGUUCAAAUAUUAUACAAAGGUCCUUGAGGUACAUGUACCAGAUGAUAAAGAAACAAAUGCACUCCAUAAGUCUUAAUUCAGAUAUUCAGCCGAUUCUUGUAUUGGAGAAGGAAGAAGUAGAAUGGCUUGGAUUUCAUGCUUUCGUACAAGUACUGAAGAGAAAGCAAUCACAACAUAAGGAGUUGCUGUCAAUUUUGAGGUCAAGGUUGUCAUCACAUAGAAUAUCUGAGAGUGUCUCACCCGAACUGAAAUAUGCAAUUAAUACCAAGAAUUCUUCUUUGCUAUGGAACAUCAAGUAUUAGCUCUUAAAGGUGAGAGACAUCCUACCGAUGACAUGAUGAGUUGCAUUGCAAUGCCCAUUUUUUUUUUUGAUUCAACAGUUAUGUGAUGCUGAGUGGAAAAAAUUGUUAUUAUACUUGGCACAAGAUGUUUUGUUUCUUUUUGUCCCCUGACUUUGAAUCAGGGAGAAUUGCCCAUGUUAUGUCAACUAACAAAACACAAUGUGAUUCUGCUUAGCUGGUUUUAGACAAUAUAUCGAUUUUUGCAUGCAAGCAACCUCCUAGGUGUUCAAGUA